AUGAAACACGAGAAAAUUCAAAUAAAAGAAUUCGAAGAAAAAAUAAACGCAAAUGGCGACCAAAUUAUUAAAUACAAAGUAAUCGAUACUGUAGGAAUCGAAGAAAUAGAUACUUUUGGGUUAUUGAAAUCCGUCAUUUUCGACGCAGAUGUUGCCAAAUACACCACCAUCGUAAGAACUAAUUUUCCUGAAUUCGAAGACGAGCUUAAAUACCAGCAAGACCAACAAAAAUUGCGCGCUGAGAAUCCUUCUAUUUUCAAAAUACUUAGCGCCAUCAGGAUCAUAUAUACCGAUAACCCGCCAUUGUUAGGCCGUACCGCCUCUGUAAAUCAGGAAAUCCGUAAAGAUUUAAGAAAAAGGCUUUUAGUUCACUUGGCGACCUGUCAAGGAACUUAUAGACCGCAAAACUUGGACACUAUGAAUGAUCGUGUCGGUAGUUAUAUGACGGAAAACGAAAAGGUACUACAAGAGUUGAAGAAUUUGAAAAAAUUAUCUGAACAACAGAAAAAAUUAUCUCAAGAAGAAAAGAAGAGAUUAAUUGACCAAAUACAAUCUCUUGAGGAAAAAAGCGCGCAAUUACGAGUGCAAAAGUAUUCAUUUGAUGGAAACGGGAAAUCAACGCUAGCUAACGUGCUAACCAAUUCUGAUGAAUUUACGGAAAGUGCUGGUAGUAUUAGUGAAGCACGAGGAAUUCAAAUAAAAGAAUUCGAAGAAAGAAUAGACCUAAGCGACGACCAAACUAGCAGAAGCAGCUAUCAUAUCAAAGAAGGCUUAAAUCAAAUCUUGUUCGUAACCAACGGACGAUUCACGAAAGAAGAAAUAAAUACUUUUGGGUUGUUAAGAUCCGUCAUUUUCGACACAAAGGUCGCCGCAUACACCACUAUCGUAAGAACUAAUUUUCCUGAAUUCGAAGACCAAGAUGAAUGCGAUAAAGAUCAACUAAAUUUACAGAAUGAGAAUGAUGCUAUUUUCAAAAUACUUCGCGCGAGCAGGGUUAUAUAUAUCGAUAAUCCGCCGUUAAAAGGUCGUUCAGUCAACACAAACCGUGAAAUUCGUGAAGAGUCCCGGAGAAUACUCUUGACGCAUUUGGCAACCUGUCAAGGGAUUUAUAGACCUGAAAAUCUGGACGAUAUGAAUGAUCGGAUUGGUAGUUAUAUGACGGAAAAUGAAAGAAUACUGCAAGAGUUGGAGAAUUUUAAAAAAAGGUCGGAAGAUGAGAAAAGAUUAUCUGCAGAAGAAAAGAGUAAACUAAAUGACAAAAUACGAUCUCUUGAAGCUCAAAGUAAAAAUUUACAGGAACAGAUCUCACACCAAGCAGAACCUUCGGGUGUAUGCAUGAUUUUAUAG